AUGGCCGAUGCAGACGUCGCCGCACAGCCCAGCGCGGCCGAGCUGCGGCGGCAGCGGCGAGCCGCUCGGCGUGCGGGGCUGGAGACUGCCACGGAAGACACAGGGCUCGCGUCGCAGCCGCCACCGCCGCCGCCACCGCCGCCACCGCCGCCACCGCCGCCGCCGCCGCCACCGCCGCCACCGCCGCCACCGCCGCCACCACCGCCACCACUGCCGCCAACUUCGCCACUUGCCUCUCCCGUCGCCGCCACCGUUUUGCCACCGGUGCGCCUGCCGCCAGGUUCGCGACAGCGGGCGCGUGCAGAGUCGAGGGCCGCAACCGACGACGACGUGCUUGCCGUGGCGGCCGCUGAUCACGAGCUGCUUCUGCCAGCGACCACUCCAGGUACGCUGCGGGCGCAGCCAAAGCCGCUCCCUCCUGUGGAGGCGGUGAUGGCGCCAGCCAAGCGUGGCGCCUUCCGCAAGGUAGACGCGCCGGCAACGGCCCGCUCAGCAUUGGCGCUCAGUGGGAACACUCGCUCCGUCAUCGACACCGCCGAGGAGCAGGUGCCACUCCCGCUCGCGCUCCAAUUCGCGGCGACUGUGCAGCGCGGAUUCCUGGCGUCGACGCACUUCGCCGCUGGGCUGAUGGGCGGAGCCGCCGCCCUCGAGGUCUCGAUGCUCUCCGUGGCGCGCAACGAGCCGCUGUCGCCAUUUGCGCUCUAUGCGGACAGUGCGCUGCACUUUUGGCGUCUCUACCUCUGGGGCGGCCUCUCGUGCUGCGUUGGCACGGGACUGCUCCUUCUACGCCGCCGGCGCUCACGCUACUACGACGUAUACCCCACCGGUCGUUGGGUCAACUUGCUGACGAUUGCGAGCAACGCUUCAGUCGUCGCGAUCGGCGUUGCAUUGCGCGGCCCCGUGUGGCGCCUGGCGGCGCCAGAGAGCCGCGAGCAGCUGCCGUAUCUCGUACCGACGUCAUCCGCCGCCUACCACGCGGCCGUCACUAACCCCGGGCCCUUUGGCCAUGCCGUUCCCGCCGCCGUGCUCCUCCGCGCCCUCCUCUGCUGGCUCGCCCUCCUCCUCAGCUAUGGCCCUCACGGGGACGAGCAGGCGGCGUUGCCGCCGAGCGCCGAGGAGGAGGCGGGCGGCGGCCGAGGACACCAGCCGCACCUUCUUGCCAGCGGUGCCACCGAGGGUGCCGACGGGGUCAUCGCCAUCAUGUAUCGAGGCGUAGUUUUCGCCGCGGCAUUUGGCGCCGUUGCGCGGCGCCCGCACAGCACGCCAGACGGCAAGCCGGCGCCAAUGCGCCCCGUCCCCCCCGGCGCAAUCUCGCACGAGGGCUACGCGAGCCGGGUGUCGGUGGCCAUCGUCUUCAUGGCCGUUGACUCCAUCAACACCCUGCUCUGCCUCUCUCUGCUCUACGAGUCGCUCGAACUCCGCCGCUCGAGCGAGCGUUUUGAGCGCGUGCUGCCAGAGCUGAUCUCGCUCGUCGUCCUCGUCGUCGCACGAAGCGUCAUCGCCGCCCAGCUGUUCGGGAUCAUCGUCAGGACCGCCGCUUUUCGCCUCGGCCUGCUGACGCAGCUAACUAAGCACUUUCGGCGGCCCUUUGGCGUCCAGCUCGCCGCCUUUGUCCUUUCCCUCAUCCUCCUCAUCGUGCGCGUCGUUGAUGCCGCAGACGUCGACGCGACCAUCGACGCUACAAACAUCGGCCUGCUGCCCAGCGGUUCGAGCCUCGGGGCUGCCUACACUGUCCUGCUCUGCCUUAGCCUAGCCUUGACAGUACUCUGCUACACUUCGACGCUCGAUGCGCUGCGGCGCCUCUCGAGGUCGGAGUACUAUUUGCAUCCGGACCGGGGAUUGCAUCCAUGA